CUGAAUGCGGAGCGUCAAUUCUGCACGGAGAUGUCACACGCAUCCUACCAUCACUAGCGUCAUUUGCCCAAAACAAGCUCGAGGACAGAAAGCCACCAGAGCCGGAGGAAACUCGUUUUUACUUGAGAUCUUUUCGGGGUUAAUUAUUUCGUUUUCAACGGGUGCUCAACAGUGGAUAAGCGGUCAUGUCAAAGAACAUUGAAUUAUUUAUAGGCACGCGUGUCUUGCUGUGUGACAGUAUCGCCCAAAAAACAUUUUGUUAGAUGCGCGUCUCAAACACUGCUUUUUCGGCCAAUGCUUCACUUUGACGACCACGGAGACGUGCUGAUAGGCUAUGGUGCUCACAGUUUAGCCAAUCUUCAGUGGGUGUCUUGAUUUUUUUUGUGCCAUUUGAUUGGCUUCAUUCAAACAGACGUGUGCUAUUUGGGAAAGGAUCCAAAGGACUGAUUUUCGAGGCGUCAACAGUCACCAUCGUAUAUUUGGUCGUGAUCCUGUAUGUGGACCAUAUAAACUUCCAUGCUGACCACUUCCUCGGAGAAGAGGUUGCGACCAGCCCUCCCAUCGACUGUUUCUGUAAACACAUUUUUGCAGGACCUCCAAGUGAAUGAGGAACCAAAUACUUAAAGAAAAAAACAUCCAACGUCUGGUGUGUGUCAUUGUUCAUUUAUUUUCUGCUUUAGUCAGUGUAUGAAUUAGACGACCUCAGGAAGCUGAACUGACCACGGUUGCAUAGUGGGUGCGAAUCCAAAGACGAUGGUCCACUGCGCUGGGUGCGAGAGGCCUAUACUGGACAGGUUUCUCCUCAAUGUUCUGGACAGAGCGUGGCACGUCAAGUGCGUACAGUGUUGCGAGUGUAAAUGCAAUUUAACGGAGAAAUGCUUUUCUCGAGAGGGAAAACUAUACUGCAAAAACGACUUCUUUAGGCGGUUCGGGACAAAGUGCGCGGGCUGUUCUCAGGGCAUCUCGCCGAACGACUUGGUCCGGAGGGCAAGGAGCAAAGUCUUUCACCUCAACUGCUUCACCUGCAUGAUGUGUAAUAAACAGUUAUCCACGGGAGAGGAGCUGUACAUCAUAGACGAAAACAAAUUUGUCUGCAAAGAAGAUUAUCUAACCAACAGCAAUGGGAAGGACACAAACCUUUUAUCCGUAACAGCAUGUAGCGAUCCAAGUUUAUCACCGGAUUCACAAGACCAGUUACAGGACGAUGUAAAGGACUCUGAAAUAGCCAAUCUGUCGGACAAAGAAACGGGUAAUAAUGAAAACGAUGGCGAGAACCUUGGCGGUAAGCGACGUGGACCGCGAACAACUAUAAAAGCAAAGCAACUGGAGACCCUGAAAGCGGCAUUUGCUGCAACCCCCAAACCCACCAGACACAUCAGGGAGCAGCUCGCGCAAGAGACUGGGCUGAACAUGAGAGUCAUUCAGGUAUGGUUUCAGAACCGGCGGUCAAAAGAACGACGCAUGAAACAAUUGAGCGCCCUGGGUGCUAGACGGCACGCGUUCUUCCGGAGCCCGAGGAGAAUGAGAACGCUGGUGGACCGGCUUGAACCCGGGGAAUUAAUUCCGAACGGUCCUUUCUCUUACUAUGGAGAUUAUCAAAGCGAGUACUACGGUCCAGGAGGAAACUACGACUUCUUUCCUCAGGGGCCUCCAUCGUCGCAGGCACAGACCCCCGUAGACCUCCCCUUUGUGCCCUCCUCGGGCCCCACGGGCACACCUUUAGGGGGUAUGGACCAUCCAAUGCCGGGGCACCACCCGUCCAGUGAGGUGCAGCGUUUCUCUGACAUAAUGUCCCACCACCCUCGGGACUCGCCUAGCCCGGAGCCCGGCAUCCCAGGGCCCAUGCACAGCAUCUCCUCGGAGGUGUUCGGCCCCAGCCCGCCCUUUACCUCACUGUCCCUCAAUGGCAGCGGAUACGGCAACCACCUGUCCCACGCACCCUCGGAAAUGAAUGAAGGCACCGUCUGGUAGCUCUAGAGAGCGGACUAUACCACAGAGACAUUUUAGUAGGCUAGGACAGGAAAGCGGUCAUGUGUAGGGCAGGGGUAGGAACACCGGUCAAAUAUAUAUAUUUUUUGUUGCCAGUUAUAUUUAUUUAUUUAAUUUCCCCGUAUAAUUUUUUUGCAGGGAAAAAUAUGGCAAAAAGGUGUUUACCUUGGUAUUGUGUUGAUGUUUCGAUUGCUUCUUUUUCCAAACUUGAAUAAGGACUUGGGCACAUAAAAGACUGUGUGACUAUUGACCCUGUAGGCCCCUGGUGUCCUUAGGCCCCUGAUGCCUAUAGCUGGGACCCUCCUGACUCCUGUCACUGGCCUAGCACGGCGACACCUCUCCAAACACACAUCACCGGGGAAACAACCUUUCUCAAAAACAAGUAAUACGUCCUAAACUCACAAAAACAUCAUUAGCUACUGUCAAAGACUCAACAGCUUUACAGAAAAAGAAAGGAAGGGUGGUUGGUCUGAGCGCUAACCUGCGCUGCUGGCACUAAAAGAAGGCUGAAAGGCAUCAGACUCUAUUUAUGGCACUAUAUGUGUCCCUCGUAUUUAUUCAAAAGCUCCUCAGACCUCUUUGCCUUUCAAGGCUCUGCCAUAUUGACACUUAAACAACCUUUUUGACAGUAAAUAUGUUUCAGAACGCCAGGGGAAAUACAGUUUUUUUUCUCACCAUUGGAACUAUUUCCUUCUUUUUGGGUUAAGUAUCAAACCACCAAAUCUGAAGAAGUUGGCCUUCAAAAGGCAAACAAAAGGCAAAGUUAUAUGGAUUGUAAACUCUUUAUUUAAAUGGAAGAGAACUUGAAAUGUUGUUAAAUGAAGUCUACCUUCUAAAAAUCUUUUAAUGGGGUCUGAAAGGGACUUAGAACAGUCAACUGUUUACGUAAUAUAUUUAAUUCAGGAGUUAAAAGUAUCAAACCAUGUUUUAGAACCUCUUGAUCCAGAUAAAAUGUUCCAAGCAACCAACCAAACUUUUCUAUUGAUUUUAUUUAUAUUGUAUGAAGACAAACACGUUUGCUGGGGUUGUGGUUCACUGUGCUAGUUUGUACAAGAUGUUGUUUACAAAAAAUAAAAAAAAUAAAAAUAAAGUAAGUAGACAGUUGCCAAAUAAAAAAUAGCACAAAUACUGUAAAAGUGCUUUGCACCAUCAUCUGCAGAACGUGUUGAGACAAAGUGUAAGUGUUAAAAAAUGUUAAGGAGUAAUUUACUUCUUAAUUUUUAUAGUCUGCUGAAAAAAAUUCAUAAAGUUGUUAAUAUAACAUAGUUAGACAGGUUUUAUUUUUGUGUAUUUAAAGGAAAAUCCAAACUAUUAAAUUGAUGGUGGAAUAUGCAGCUUGCUGCUGCUACAUUUCUUUAAAUAUCAAACCCUCACGGUAUGUCUUUUAUUGUUCUUAUAAACCUAAGCUUAUGUGACCUUCAGUGCAUAUUAGACCAUUCACUGUAUAAAUACAACAUGUUGAAUAAAUUGUGAGUUUCUAAUAAAACUAGAAAAUAUACAAUUUGAA